AAAACGGCCGGUCAAGCCUUUAAAAAAGGUUCAAAAGAUGAUGAGAUGGUCUACUUCUCAAGUCAUAAUUGGUCAUCACAGAGGACACAUAAAUCGUACACGUGUGGAUUUGAGUGUGCAAGCGGUUGAAGAACAGAGACCAUGGCUUAAUGCGCAACAGGUAGAUACAUAUGGCACACGCUUUCGGGGGACGAGCUUGGAUCCCAAGUGGUCUCCUCCAGACAUAGGAGUGGUUAAGUGUAAUGUGAAUGCUGAUUGGAGAAACGCUGAUAUGAUGGGAGGGGUGGCUUGGAUUGCUCGUGAUUGUUAUGGUUCGGUUCUAUACCAUGCAAGAGAGGUUUUUACAAGGUCUUCAAAUAGGAUCAUGGCCGAGUUGCGUUGUAUCUUGUGGGCUGUUCAAAGCUUACGAGAUCUUUGUUUGGAAAACGUGAUAAUCUCUUCGGAUUGUCAAGCUGCAAUUGCUGCCUUGUGUAAUCCUCGGGAUUGGCCUCGAUAUGGAAUGUGGCUCGAUGCUAUUUUCAAAACUGCUAAAUCAUUUCGUUUUAUCACCUUUGAGCUGGUGUCUUGUCCUGCUAAUUUCAUUGCACGGGACAUUGCGGAGAGUGUUAUUAGGGAUGGUCGUUUUAACUCGUACCUUGCUGCACGUGGACCGGUGUGGCUUCAGUAUCAGUUACAUAGUGAGGCGCAACGUGGACCGGCGUGGCUUCAGUAUCAGAUACGUAGUGAGGCUCAAUGUGGACCGGCCUGGCUAAAUAAUCUGUUACGUAGUGAGCCGCAAGGUGCACCGGCCCGGUUUCAUAAUCGGUUACGUAAUGAGCCGCAAGGUGGACCGGCCUGGCUUUAUAAUCGGUUCCGUAGUGAGGCUCAAGCUGGACCGGCGUGGCUGUAGUGAGUGAGGCGGAAGGUGGUGUUUAGUUUUUUCGUAUUGAUAAUUUUGUUUCUCUUUUGUACUGUGUUUUUGCAAUUUAAU